GCCUGAGCCGAUUAGCCUCUUUAAUAACUGGAAGUCUAAAUAAGACUUAUAAAACCAGUAAACAUGGCGGCGAAGAAUAGUGCGGAAGAAACAGUCAAAAACGGUCAGGGGUCCAAUGACAAUGACAACAUGUCAACGACUGAAUACUGCCAGCGGCUGCAGCAGUGGAUGUGGCGCUAUUACAGUGGCUAUGUAAGCUGGCAGAGCUGGGUGUUCCUGUCCGCGCCGCUCUUUCCUCCGCCCGCCGGCGGCUCCGCAUCCGCGUGUGCCGCGACGCCCGCUGACAUCGCCGCUUGGUGUAACCAGAUGAGCAGCCGCCCAGCAGCCGCUGCCACAUCCAGCAGCGCUGAGAGAGCACCAGCACAGCCGGCAGGUAGAGAGUACACCAUCCCCUCCCCGCUCCGUAGAUUUCUGGCAGAAACUGUGGAUUUCUUCAUUCUCUUCUGUGUUAAGGCAACCAUAGUGUUGUGGAUCAUGCAUCUCAGUGGAAUGAGAGAUAUUUCCAAAUUCAUGAUGCAGUUUAUCGUGGAGGAGAUUGAUGAGAACACGUCACUGGAGGACCUGCAGAAGAUGAUGGUCGUGGCUUUAGCAUACAGAGUCCUAGUGUGUGUCUAUGAAAUCAUCUGUAUUUGGGGAGCUGGAGGUGCCACUCCUGGAAAGUUCCUGCUGGGGCUUCGAGUCGUCACAUGUGACACGACAGUCCUAGUGCAGCCCAAUCAGGUUUUGGUGGUACCGGCAUCCAGUGUCAGCUUAUCUGCGAGAGACGAGCGCUGCGCUUUACUCAAGUUUGAUAUUCACUCGCAUUCUAAGCAGGCAUUUGCUGCAGACGUGAAGAUGCGCCGCUCCAUUGUGAUAGUCACGCACAGAUCAGGCUUUGCUGAGGUCCCGCUGAGAUCCAGAGAUCUCUGUGAAGUUUCUGGAGAGGAGGAUCUGCAGUUGUUGUCUUCUACACAAUGA